AUGGGUGAAAAUACAUCAUCUAUAGAGAAGGUUGGGAGGGGUGUCAACCUGUCGUCAGAGCACGAGCAGCAGCUAGGCGCACUGCAGGGCUCUGUACUUUCCACAGCAUCUUCUUACGCAAAUGUGGCUGUGGGCCACCAACGUAUGGUCGCACCUACUCCUGAAAAUGAGGAGGUCCCUCAUGCAGUGUUCUCAGAUCACACGAAGUAUCGUUUUCAAGCCCAAACUCCCUCCGCCCUUCUAUGGCCCAUUCUUGCCUUUUUUUUGGGGGCGUUGGCUCUCGCGUCUGUUUGCAACUCUGUGCGAAACAGCACUGCGAAGUUGGGUCUUGGCGUUCGGCGGCUGGCAAGUAAAGACAAUGAAGAACAGGAUGACGCACUUGAUGAUCUCGAAGUGCUCUGCCACCAGUUAGGCGACUGGAUGCCACAAGUUCCCUCAGGUGGUGGAGAGCGUUCGUCACCGUCUAUUGUAGAGCAUGUUUUGUUGGGUUUAAAAAAAUACGAUGACCCUCCUCCGACACCUUUCCUUGGAGUGACGGCACGAACAAUCAAGAUUUUGGAAACUGAUUACGAUGGAAAUGAAAGUGAUGAUCAGGCCAGCGAACCCUACCCGAAACGAUUCAAAUAUUCGUUUGAUCCGGAGCCUUACCCUCCGGAAUUGACGCAUCAACCAAUGCAGGUACUGAAUCCUGGGCAGCAUCCCUCUUGGGCGCCUGCCACGGAUUCCUCUGCAACUUUUCCGAGCCAUCCUCCUGACUCUCAGCAGCCAACUUCUUCCCAAAACGUGCAGACAAUGGUACCUCAAGGGUAUGCACACCAAGAAGGGCAACUGCUGCCCAGUCGUGUUGCUCUGACUGAAGCCGAACAGCUCGGCACGCCUCCGGCAACUUCAAGUGGGGUGGCACAAAUGAAGUGGUAUUACGUUGCCAGUGGUGAUGGUUGUGAUGAGGAUGAUGAGGAUGAUGAUGCUGCUGCUGAUGAUGAUGGUGGUGGUGAUGGCGCGGGCCCAGGACCCAGCUCAGAACUAUUCGAGUUUUCGAGUGGUCCGGAUCUGGAGCCUCCCCUGACAGGGCAGCACCAAACAACGCAGCUUUCGAAUCUUCAAGAUCUCUCUGGGGUGGUUGGCAACUCACUUGCUGAAGAUGCUUGGCUCCACCUUCCCGAAGCUCAGAAUCCAAGUCAUUCCCAAGGCGCCCAGGCACAGGCGGCCGAGUUGCUUGGGUCAACAUCUGGAAGUUUCUCUUCAACGACGCCCACAGGCAGUCAAAUGCAGUGGCAAUUUGUAGAUGUGGUGCAGGAUCCUGACGGGACAGGCCUUCCGCUGCCCACCCAAUCGUUGCAGCAUCUGUCGACAGCCGAACUGCAAGCGAGUUCAGUGGAGUCACAGUCAGAGACAAGCGCGCAACUCACGGACAUUUCCAAUUACACCCACCAGUUUUUUUCUUCACUGCUUCAACGUGUACUGAGCAGCUCUUCUCUUGGUUGUCCCAACUGCACUGGCACCCAUCAAGAGGGCAGCGACGAGAACUCUGCCACAGCCUCCAGCGGCACUGGCAUCCAACAAGAGAGCAGCAAGGAAGACCCUGCCACAGCCUCCAGCGGCACUGGCACUUAUCAAGAGGGCAAGAACGACGACUCUGCCACAGCCUCCAGCGGCAGUGGCACCCAUCAAGAGGGCAGCAACGACGACUCUGCCACGGCCUCCAGCGGCAGUGGCACCCAUCAAGAGGGCAGCAACAAGGACUCUGCAACAGCCUCCAGCGGCAGUGGCACCCACCAAGAGGGCAACAAUCAGGACUCUGCAACAGCAUCCAGCGGCUCGGCAACUCUCAAAGACCUACUCAAAAGCAAGAAACCAAAGCAAGCAACAAAGCGCAGUGCUUCACAAGGCGAAGGCGAGACAACCGUCAAACAGACUUUUCCUCGGCUUCCCACAGUGAGAUGCAAGGUGAGUAUUCCGCACUCUAGUGUGAGGUCGCCCGAACUUCCGUCGCACACUCCGUGUUACCUCGCCCGCGAGCUUUUACGCGUAUGGCGUAUCUGCAAUAAGCGUAGCAUCUAUCAGAGAGAUGUGGAGCGUUUACUGCGGCAAGCGGGCAAAUUGGCCAAGCACGCUCAAGAUCUGAUGGCCUCCCCUCUCAAGCAGACUCCCACGGAGGCCGUCGACCAAUUGGGGCGCCGGUUGCUGUUGCUUGAAGCGAUGUACUCGAUCAAGAAGGUCCUAGGACCUCGCGUGCAGUGGGAUGCGUGGUGGAGAUACUUCACCGCCGGAAUCCCCUCGGACUACUGCAGGCCUUUGCCAGAGAAGCAUCGCCAGUUAUCACGAACUCUACACAAUCUUGCCUUGGAGCUCAGCAUCGCCGUGAUGAAGUACAAAAUUGGCGACGCCCCUUCACCGGAAGAAGUUGCGACCCUCAAGGAAAAGUUGUUUACAGGAGAGACAGCCACUAGUCACUUCCGUAGGGAGGAGUGGGACGCCUGGCGGCCCGAAGGACAAAGCUCCACAUGA